GUAUAUGGCGAUCAUGACACCAUUGCGACCUCGGAUGGGCAGAACAGUAACAUUGUGUUUGGCAAUGAGUACUUGGUUACUGGGAAUCGCGAUCUCAAGUCCUUCUCUAUUCUAUUACACAACCUAUGUGGAACAAUAUAGUGAAGAACAACAACGAAUUAUUUGCUACGGAGCUUGGCCGGAUGGCGACACCAACGAAUCCUUGUAUGAAUAUAUAUAUAACAUCAUAAUAUUAGUCGUAACUUACGUUGUGCCAAUUGCAUCGAUGACAUUUACUUAUGCCAGAAUCGGACUGGAGCUUUGGGGAUCUCAGAGUAUUGGAGAAUGCACUCAGCGACAAAUGGAAAAUAUUAAAAGUAAACGAAGGGUGGUGAAGAUGAUGAUGGUUGUGGUGGUGAUAUUUGCAGUGUGCUGGCUGCCGUUCCAUCUAUAUUUCAUUGUAACGUCGUACUAUCCAGAAAUUACAAACUCGCCGUACAUUCAAGAAACAUAUCUAGCCAUAUAUUGGUUAGCAAUGAGCAAUUCGAUGUACAAUCCAAUCAUAUACUGCUGGAUGAAUGCCAGGUUUCGAAGAGGUUUCAAGCAAUUCUUCUCCUGGUUACCAUUUGUUCACGUAGGUCCAGGAACGCUUACCAGGAGAGAAGUGGUUACUAGCGGGCGGCGAUCGUACUCAGGAUCACCUGAUCAUCAUCGCAUCAUUCGUAACGGAACAGUAAAGAUGGCCCUUCAUCCUGGAUGUCCAAACCCCACCUCGACCAACACGUAUUACACGAAUUUAGAAGACGAAUCGGGACAUCCCCGCGGUAAACGCUGGAAAAAUACAGAGAUGAAAGCGAUGUCUUGACAGAGACCCCAAAACGACGACGAUCCCGGAUCCCUCCGCCAAAGGCGGACGUGGAUUUAGUGCCACACCUCGCGUUCCAAUAGGCACCUGCCUUGGAUACGCGAGGAAAGCGAGGGGUUGAAGAAAACGACCUUUGUAGAAACCAAAAUGUAAAGUAAAUAUUUCCUUGUAGUUUGUAAGCUCAUCUUGCGUUAUAAAACUUUUGUAACAGGGUAUAAAAGUAACAAGUAAACAACCGUUGCGGAUCUAAAUCGGGAGUUGCAUUUUUACAUAUCUAAAGGUAAUCUUCUAAUGAUAACGGACAAUGCGUGAAUUAAUUUUCAUUCAAUUUAACAAUUCGUUGAUAAAUCUUUUAUUAAAACAUUUUAUAAUCUGUUACCGUAAUAUGCCGCCCCACUCAUUACUGACCUUUUUGAAACUUUAAAUCUUCAGUGAAGAUUAGGUCACCAUAAUUUAAGAUUUGGAAUACUUAGGCUAACAGUUUUUGUGAAUUAGAAUUUGUUACCAAUAAAUAAACGUCCUUGCGAACUUGAACUAAGCUACUGUGGAUUGACAUUUCAUUAAAUUGAAGUACACAUAAAAUACAUUCUUUUCUAGAACUGAUGCAGUUUACAUAUCGCAAAUGGAAAUAAAUAAACAUGAAAGUCGAUAAAUAAAAAACUGCGAACAGUGGAAAUUAGAUAACUCAUUACCUACCUAUAUCGUUCCACUUGCAAACCAUUAGUAGGUACUGUUUACACGGUUACACUUUUUUUCAAAAUGUAUUCCUUGUGUAAACUAAAAAAAUCGUUUUAUUGCAGCAUUCUAAUUGAAUAGAAUGGCAGGCCAGAGAUAACAAAUUAUGCGUAAUAUCAUAAUACUCGUAAUUUGCAAAAUAAGUUUUUACCCUCUCGUUUUUUUGCAUGCUUAUUCAAAUGUAAAUACAUUUCUUAUGCAUCCACCUCAUGUUAUUCAUACAUUGUCCGCUAUAAAUGAAUGUAAAGUAGUGUACAUUUAGGAUAUUACUCACUCCUGCAAUGGGAAACAAAAACGCUUUAUCACAUUUUUAUAAAUAAGCUUAGUGUCUACCGUCUGUUCUAUACGUGCAUAGUAAAAUACAGCUCCAUCUUCAGUACUGUUCACUACAGGUACCAAUUGAAUCCAAUCCCCUUUGAUUUUAGAGAUGCUUCCCAGAUUUUUGAUACCAAUUUGUAAACUGCAAAGAGACUAUUGUAGUAUUAUAUUUAUACUUCUACUUCAAGAACAGAAAAAUUAUACAUGCUUGGUAUUUAAUUAGUACCUUUAAAGUUACAUUGGUGAAAGUACUAAAUUGUAUCCUGCGAACAUCUUCAAAGAUCAUUUUCUGUGUGUUACAAUUACUUAGUUAUAAUAUGUUAUUUAUGAAAUUAAACUGUUGCUUUUAUAUACCAAUUUUAUUAAAUGCUAUAGCAUUUUCUGUUGUAAGUAAGCUCCUUCAUGGAAUAAUCCACGGUUGUAUAGCGGUUUAGGCUGAAAUAAAAUCUUAUUUGUAGUUUAAUUUAUUAAAUACAAACCACUUCCUUUUUUUGAACACUAAGUUGUGAAAUAUUACUAAAGUUGUUAAUACUUAAUGUCCUCCUAACGUCAGACCAAGAAUGUGAUAAUUUCAGCCAUUAACUAUGUAGCAUUUUUAUUAGGUAUGACACUGAAUUCAACAUUUUUCGAAAGAAUCAUCUAGACUAACAAUUAAUAGUUGUAAAAAUAGCUCUAUGGCCUGUAACUUCUAGGAUUAUGUUUAAACGUAUUUAGGUAUUUUUGAUAUAUGGUAAUAGUUACUUGUAAGAAUUCGAUUUAAUAUAGAUCACACUUCAUUUUAAGUCACUGGUUCAUCAUUUAUACUUACGUGAAUAUCAAAUGUAACUGUAAUAUGCUACCUCUACUGUUUCAAUCCCAUAACAUCAAAUGAAUAGUCCCAACGCCGUACCCGUAAAGUAGAUUUUGUGUAAUGGGAUCAUUCUUGGGUAUUUUUAAAGUAACGAAUGUCAGGUAGCUUCACUCAAAGACUGAAAUCGUAAAGUAACAUGCGAGUAAGCUUAAAAUUAUUACUUGUAAUUAGAAUAGUAACAACAAAAUAAGACGGAAUGAGAAUUAUUUUAAAUCGUAAGGAGUAAAAUGAAAAAGAUCUAUUGUAAAUGCAAUUACGGAAUUAAAUAUAAAAAAAAACUCCAGUUUGUUUUUUACUCUAUGGUUAUAUAUACUUAGAAACAAGGAGGAUGGGCGAGAUUUUGUUAUUCAAAAAUGAUAAAAAAAUUGGUGUAAAUUUCGCGAAACAGUUUUUUUAUAAUCUUGCAGCAUUGUGCACACAAUAAAUAAAUUCGUCCUAUAUAAUUUACGUGAAUUCGUAUACUCUGCCAACUCCGGCACUGCGGCGGCAAACGUGUCUGACUACUGACGUCACGCAUAGUCUAGUUUCGCGCACAGGUACGUUUUCUUCCUUCGGGCCGACCCUUGAUUUUGAAAUGCUUUCAGGGGACGUAAAUAUCAAUAUUUUCCGCUCAAAUUUUGUUUGCUCGUUUUUUAAUAACAACUUCUCAAUUUUAGUUAAAAUAAAACAAAUACCAAAAAUGUCGAACUUCCCUAUUGUUUUAGAGUUUUGUUGUGAAGAGUAUAGGUCACGAUAAAUUACGAGGUGGUUCGUGUUUUAGUAUCUUUUUGAUACACAUUGAAUC